CCUGGAUUUUAAGGGGCUGCGCUGUCAAGGAGGUAAACACAGCAAGAAAAGGAUCACCGUGCUACUGUGCGCCAAUAUGGACGGAUCAGAUAAGCGACCACUUUUGGUCAUUGGCAAAAGCGCAAAACCGCGCUGCUUCAAAGGAAAUCGGCGCCUUCCAGUGAAGUACGUGGCCAACAGCCGGGCGUGGAUGACCCGUGCAAUUUUUGGAGAGUGGGUCGAGGAAUUCGACCGGGACAUGGGCAGGCAAGGCCGCAAGGUUUGUCUGCUUUUAGACAAUUGUUCCACACAUUCCAUUGAGGACACGGAGCUCGAGAACGUGCAGCUCAAGUUUUUGCCACCGAACUGCACGUCCAUCAUUCAACCCCUCGACCAAGGGGUCAUCCAAAGCGUCAAGUGCGCGUACCGCAAGCGCCUUAUCCAAAGGCUGAUUUUGAACACUCGGUUGGGUCGCGAAACGAAAAUCGACUUGUUCAUGGCGCUCCAAAUGAUCGCUGCUUCGUGGUGCGAGACGGGGAGCGCCGUAGUCGCAAACUGCUUUCGCCAUGCCGGAUUCGCAGUACAGUGCGCCGAGACUUCCGAUUCUGCGAUUGAAGCUUACGAUGGCGACGCAGACCGCGAUGAGGACAGGUUGCUGGACCAGGACGAAGAAAUCGCAGUCGCUUGGGCAGACCUGCAGGAAAGUGAUGUGCCCGCCGACGUACAUAUCAGCGAGUUCUUGCAAGCCGACUCUUGCUUGGUGGUGCGCGAGGAAAUGACGGACGCAGACAUCAUAAAGAGCGUCCAGAAAGAUGGUGUUUCGUCGGACGAUGAUGACACAAUCGCGCAACGUGAUCCCGCACUACCACCGACUUCACAGGUGCUGGACGCAUUCGAUAUCAUCAGGCGUUGCAUCGGGUCGCAGGACGACGAUGAAGCAAUGGCUCUACUGGCAGCGUGCGAAAGUCGUGUUGUGCCAUCGCUUGGCAAGAAGCGGAAACAGGCGAAGUUGAGCAAUUUUUGGCAUUAA